UUGACAGCAUAAAUGAUCCGCUGCUGACCGCCUGACUUACAUGUCUGCGCAUCGUUUCGGCCGAGUGUGAUCGGUAUUACAUUCUAUAUAUAAAUAAGAUAAGAAAGUUCGCAGCUAAGUUAGUUAUAGUUGGCUAGGCAGUAGGCGCGUAGCUCGACGCUCCUCGGAGCUUUUUUAUCGCGCUCAAGCUCAAGCACAGGAACGAUUCAGAAAUUCAACGUAACGAGAGCGAGACACAAGCGAAAACAUGGGGAAAGUCGCUUGGCUGUUGAUGGGCGCGCUGCUCGUCCAGUCGGCCCUGGGAGCGCCGGCAGCCUGCAACGAAUGCGUUGGUGACGUAGAGUCAGUUAACUCAGGCUUUAUGGGCGGUUACAGGUCUCAUAGCGCGAAAAGCUCAUACAAGGCCUCGUAUCGUUACAGCAGCAGUGGAGUCGGGGUGGGCAGUAGUAGCGGCAGCCGCCGACUGAUGGACGGUCGGCGCUUCAUGGUCGGCGGCGGCGGUCUCGGCUCGACGGGCAGCCGUCUCGAGAACUUUGACGACUCGAGCGUCGUCGGGAGCAGCGGCGGAAGCGGCAUCGGCUUGGGAACCGGACGCUUCGGCAUGAAUCUCGAUCGCGCCGGCACGUGGAGAGACGAGAAGCACUACAUCACCGACGACGGCCGCGGCGCCGCCAACUUCAAGGCCGGCCAGACCGUGUUCGACAACGGCUACUCCAAGUUCGCCUCGUCGAGCUGGCGCUACGGCAGCCACGACCAGAACGCGCGACUCUCCAACGCCGAGGUGGUGAGUGCCGCCGAGUUCGAGCAGGAGCUGCAGAACAUGCGCAGCCGUAUCAACUCGUUCAUGGGCAAUUUCAACGUGGACUCGGGCGCGCUCACGUCCGGCCGCCUCGAGAGCUUCAAGACGAGCGCCAACCUCAUCAGCAGCGAGAUGAAUCGCGUCUGCGACAACUUGGAUCACGGCAGCGCUAGAUAUCGACAGAUGCACGACAUGCUCGAGCAGUUCAACCGCGACGUCGAGCAGCGCCAGCAGCAGAUGGAGCAGCAGCUCUACCACGAGUCGAGCGUCUCCUCCAUGAGCAGCAGCAGCUACCAAGGCUCGCUUCGGCCGACGGUGCCCGCAAGUCAGUUGGCGCCGGUUCAGCAGUACCCCGUCAGGCCUCAGAUCGACCAAGACAGGAUCGCCCAGCAGCGCGUCGAGGAUCAAAUCACCAGCGUACAAGAUCAGAUCAGCACGUUUUACUCGACCUUCAGCUCGCCCGACGUCAGCCCACAGUACCAACAGGAAUUGAACGGUAAAGUCGAUUACUUCAUGCAGAAGCUCAACGACUUGAGUUUCGAGGCGCAGCAGCACGAGUCGGUCAAGGUGCGAAUCGAGAACGUCAAGGGCCAACUGGAGCACUUCGUCAGCCAGAUUCGCAAGCGCAUCGGCGAGCUCGAGCAGCGAAACCGCGAAAUGGAGACGAGGCGCAAGGAGCGCGAGGAGCAGCUCCGCCUCGAGAAGAUCCAGUACGAGAAGAAAGUCCGCGAGUUGGAGGAGCAGAGGCUGCAACUCGAGCGCGAGGAGGAGACCAGGAGGGAGCUGAGACGCCAGGAGGAGGCUCAACUGAAGAUCAAGGCCGAGGAGGAGAGAAUCAGACUGCAGAAAGAGGAGGCGGAGAGGCUCAGAAUCCAGCAAGAAGAGACCGAGAGGCUGAGACUGCGCCAACAAGAGGAGGCCGAGAGGCUGAGGCUCGAACGCGAGGAAGCCGAAAAAGCGAGACUGCGACACAUCGAGGAGGAGAACGCGAGACUGCGACAGCUCGAAGAAGAAAAUUUGAAAAUUCAGAGAGAACGAUUGACUGCGCCGCAAGCACAGGUGAAGCCAGACUUUGGCGGCCAUCACGGCUCCGUGGAGAUCAGCUCCUCGUACCAGCACCAGUACAAAGGCUCCUACAACUCUCAGAGCUCGCAGGGCCGCUCCGGAUCGUACAUCCAGCAGCCGAGCCAACCUCUGAUCCAGCCGCACGUGGAUCUCACCGCCGCCGUUGGCCGACUUCAGCAAGAUCUCAACAGGCUUCAGAGCGAGGUGAACAGCUUCAACGCCUACUCGAUGCGUCUGACCUCGUCUAACAGUCAGAACGUCGUGAGGGAGGCCGAGCGCGAGGCCGAGACGAUUCGCGAGAGGCUGAGCAAUCUCUGCGAGACGAGCGGCCGUUAUCAGAGCGACAACGUCCACGAGAGCGCCGAGAAGCUGAGACAGCACUUCGAGGACUUGUUCAUCUCGUUCCAGAACCAAGCCGCCAACUUGGUGCAACAGUCCGGCUCGGCGCAAUUCGGUGCCGCCGGUGAGUACUCGUCCGGCUCGAAUUAUCAGAAACUGGGAAGGAUCUCGGCGUCGAGGCCAGCCAGCGGCAAGUUCGAGUACGAGCACUCCAAGUCGACCGAGGUGGAGAUCGGCAACGGCUCGAGCGCACCCCAGCGCUUCGCUUCCGGGGCGAGCUUCAGCGGCCAGGGCACGUUCGGCGCCAAGCGCGACGACGAGUUCACCACCGGUCUGAUCGAUUUGGGUCAGGGCUCGUCCUCCUCAGCCUCGGCCUCCGGCCAACAGCAGCGUCAGCAGGUCGAGUGCGUCGAGGCCUACGCCAACCAGCCGUGCCUCAACGAGUCGAGCCGAAGAUAUCGCAGAGACGUCGGAGUAUAUGAUCCCUACAAAGAAGAUUACCGCCAACGCGAUCGACAAGCACCACUUGAGAAUUUUUCAGCCCGCGAUCGUAUUCCUGAUUAUAACUCUCAGUACCCUAGAUUAGAAGAUUACAAUCCAUACACGUAUCAACAAAAAUCCGAUAACGAUCGAUUUCCGCUGCAGUUCGAUCGGCGCUACGUAGACCCAAGGCCGAUCGAAGGGACAAGAGCCAAUCGAAACUUCGGAUUUGACCUUGAAUCUCAACGUUCUCGACGCAACGAUGGACAGAGACUAUCAGCGUUGGAAAUCGUCGAAGAGUCACCCGCGGCUUUGGAACGCUUACCAAAAUCUUUCGAAUACCCGUCGAAUCGAGAAUUAAUGAUCGAAAAGCCGUUGAAAGUUCAACCUAUCAAUGAAGAUUACAGAGGGUUUCAAGAGGAAGCAAUGCUUAUCGAUGACUCAAAGAGACCGAUGCCACUGACUCAUCAAGAAAUGAUAUGGACCGAUAGAGAGCCUUCGAAAAUGUAUGGUAACUCAAGAUUAAAUGUCGAUGUAAACGAGCCUCGAGUUUUACCGGUUGCGGGGUUAAUACAACUAGAAGAAAAACCAGAAUCAUCGAGAUUUCACGAUUUUAGAAUUGAAACCAAUGAAAAACCAAAUGAAAAAUCUAUUCUGCCAGAAGCAAAUGUUUCUCAGAAAGAUCUAGUGUUAGACCAAAAUCACGAAAAUCCAUCUUUCCAGCAAAGAGGAUUUUAUGAUGAAACCAAAGCUGAUACUUAUCAUCCUGGAGGGGAAUUUAACUUAGAAAAUAGCGGAUUCAAUGGCGAAAAUGAACGGAGAGCAAGUUUUUCACAAACUACUGAAAGAAUAGAAAAACCAUUUUCUUAUAACAAAGAAAUAGACAAUAUCAAUUCACAAACUGAUAGGCCGAGAGGAAUUUCCAAACCUGAACAGUAUGGUAAAGUUUAUGAUGAUCCUAGUCAUGCAUCGAUGAAUUCUUACAAAAUUAAACAUCCAGGAAGUCAUUACAUUGAUACUGCUAAUAUGCAAGAGCAGCGUUCACAAGAUUAUAAUUUAAAAGCAUCAAAAGAUCAAUUACAGAGUUCUACUCAAGUUGAUAAUCCAUCUACCACAGAAUUCCCCUUUCACUCAAUAAUAAUUUUACCUUCCACUGAAGAACCAGAACCAAAAUUACCCAGUCAAAUCAGACCUUGGCAUAUUAAUCAUUCCAAUGAAAAUAAAGAAGAUAAAGGACCUCAGAGAGGUGAUAUAUCUGGAAAUUCAGAACCAACAGAGAAAAUACUAGAGAUACCAAAACAUUCUCCUGAACCAUUGAAAAAUCCUACAACGUCAGAUCCUAUUACUACAUCAACAACUACGACCACAACCACCACUACUGCAAGACCUGAAGUUGAACAGAUAGAAACCACAACUGCAAGGCCUCGAUGCCAAUCGUUACCAUGCAGACCUAAAUGCCACAGCAGUGGUUGUCGAGCAAAUUCUCAAGACCAGUUUGGUGGAACAUUCCAUAUUAAUCAUCAUCAUAAUUUUUCAUACACUCAUAAUUUAAAUUAUCAUGGUCAAAUGAAUGAAAGAGAACAAAUUAAUCAACGAGUUCAAUAUCCUUUACAUGAAAAUAACGAUAGAUAUAUUCAAAGGUAUCAAGAGCACCACAGAGGAAGAUUUGAAUUUCAGCAUCAUCGCCCUCCACUGGAAUAUUUUGAACCAUCAUUUUAUAAACCACAAAGUAACUUAGAUAGAAUUAUUAAUUUUAAUCAGCAGGUUAGGAAGCCUACGUUUGAUCAUAAAUCUUUUCAAGAGCAAUAUAAUCAACACCAUCAAUUUUCUUUUAAUCAUAGAACUGAGCAUUAUGUAAAAAGUGAUUCUACCAGAAAUAUUGAAAAGCCACAGUAUAUUGACACAAGUUCAUCUUACCAUAGCACAUGGGAAUGAAAAAGUCAAUAGUAAAUAAAAUGUAACAAUAAUAAAAGUUGAAUUGUUGCUCAAUAAUCUUAUUGUAUUUAAAAGAAGUGUAUGAGUGUAUCUGCAAAAAGUUACUGUUAAUUUAAAUUGUUAGACUGAACUAAACAUAAUUAGCUUGAUCUAAUUUUUAUCUAGAUGAGAAAAAUUGAAUAAAGGACCCUUAGACGAGGGAUUACAAAAAUUUGUGCAAUGUAAAAUUCUCUAUAAUAAUUGAUACUUCCAUCGCACUUACCACAAUUGAAUGAAUCAGUAUUGCAAAAAAUGAAUGAAACUUACCUCCGGUAAAUUUUGGAAAAAAUUCACGAAGCCCUGCUGGGCACCGGCAUCUAAAGUACAAUAAAAAGAUCAUAAUUUACCACUCAUAAUGUAGAAUGUAUAAAAUUUUUGCCAUAAAAACGAACCCAUAUCAAGUA